AUGGAGGGAGAGAAGAAUGAAGGUGGAGCGGAGCGGUCGUGGAGAACCUGCCUUGAGAUGCAAUCAAUCGGCACCGAGUCGCGACAAACGGGCCAGGCUUGGGGAGGGACUCGGAAGCGACACAUCUCAGAGACUCACACCCUCGCCAAUACGGAUCAUCGUGGACAGCCCACCGGCUACACAAGAAUCGUCAAGGGUCAGACGAUGGUCCUAUAUACUGUAUAUCUGCGCCCACCUACGAGGUACCUACGAGGCACCGCUGCUGAUUUGAGCAUCUCGGAGACGAACCAGAGACGAGACAGGGUCUUGCAUGUCUGUUACGCCAGGCGCGUCAGCCGUUGCUACCUUAGCUUGGGUAGUCUUUACUCUUCAGGAGGGGUCGCUGCCAUGGAUGACGGAGCGGAAAUUUUUAGACGAGCAGAAGACGAAGAAGACUUCCUUCCUUGCUGGCAAUAUCCGAAAAUGCUAGUGCCCCCAGAUGCCUUUGUUUGGCCCAUUGGUGCAUUCUUUGUAUUUGAUGCAUUCUUUGUACUUGAUCACGAGUAUCCCGGCCCGUAUGCAAACAGCAUAGCCGCCGUGCAUCUGACUGAUCAGCUUUCCCUUGCCAGCUGCCAGCUACUCCCGGCGACCAGCCCGAAGCAUGAGCGGCAUCGCGGCACCGCGGCAGAGACUCACCACCUCGGACAUGAAUCCUCCGAAGCUAUCCAGGUUCCGCCCGCCGCUCGGUCCAACGCCCCGUCCAGAUCCGACCUCCUCCACAUUAGCAUCUCAUGGAUAAUUAAUGGAUCUUUUCACCUUGAUCCCUUGUCCGGAGAAACCCCACCAGCCAUUUCUGGCGUAGGCCAUAGGUUCGUUCUCUGGUUCGACAAGUGGCCUGUGCAGGGCGGCCGCCAGAACAUCUCCCAAUUACCUAAACUUCCAAACCGGGUGACUCUUCAGAAUGUCGCCGGCCAAGUGACUCAAAUAUACAAAAGUUCUUUUUGGUUCAGCAAGCAAGUAAAAAUGUCUCCGAGCGCAGAUAACCUUAAAAGCCAAUAUCGCAUUGGAGGCUGCGGAUUCCAGAUCAAACGAACGCUACUACACCACCUACAUCUCAUCCCCACGUAUCACCAGAGUGUCGGGACACAGCAACUUGCCCUUGAGUCUAUAGUCACCACCUAG